GCUAAAAAAACAACAACCGAGCGCUUCCAUGACGUCACUUCCUACGCGCGCGAGAUUAUGCUAACAGCAGCUAACCAACCGACAACCGAAAACUUAUCCUUUAACAAUUAAUUAACACUGUCAAGCUCACCGCAGCCGCCCACUAAAGGCUUAUAGUCUCCCUGCUGUAUGCAGUGUCUUCGACAGGCGUUCAGAUGCAGCUGCAGCUCGGAACAGAGGGCUGGUCUGGUUGUCAUCCAUGACGAGGACGUAGCUGUGUCUGUUGUUGUGUCAGUAGUUCCAGUAAUUUAUAGCUAGAUAUAAACAAAUAUAUAUCUAAACCGGUAAUUUACUAGCUAUCGUUAUUUUUAUAGAGGAAGGGUCUUGAUUUUUCUCUGGUAUUUAAACCUUUAGUUUCAUUCCGACUCGGAUUUCAAGUGUUAGUUUUUUAGUAUUCGGUUGCGAUGAAGCUGCAGUGUGAUGUCGAGGUGGUGAAUCGGAUGCUUCCCACGUUUGGGAUGAAAAGUCGAGGGAAGGGUGCGAGAGCUGUGCUGUCCAUCGGGAAGCAUUUGGACAAGACGAGUCAACGCAACAACAUUUACAUGAUGAUCUGCACAGCCAAAGACAGAGCAGGCUCAAAGUACAAGCUGAAGGACAACAUAGAGAAGUUCUUCACUUGGUUUGUGGCAGAAGGCAAGGCCACUGUGAGAUUAAAGGAACCGGCUGUUGACAUUUGUUUAAGCAAGGCCGAUGCAAACAGCUUAAAGAACUUCCUCUCAGCUGCUCGUUUGGCAGACAGAGGAAGUGACGCGGGCAGCCUUCCUCUCUCCACGCUCACUCCUGUUCGCGCCAGAGACGUAGAACAACCCAAGAAGAAGCUCAGCAUCGUCUCCAGGAAGGACUACCCCCUCACCUCCAACUUCCCCUACUCUCUGGAGCAGCUGCAGGUCUCCUACUGCAAACUGUCCCGAGUGGACAUGCGGAUGCUGUCCCUUAAAGCUCUCCGCAAGCUAGACCUUAGUAAUAACCACAUCAAAAGACUCCCCGCCACCAUCGGGGACCUCAGCUGCCUGUCUGAGCUCAUCCUCCACAACAACCAGCUGGAAGCCUUCAGCGAGGCCCUCUGCCUGUCCACACUGCAGCGGACCCUCCAGCUCCUGGACCUCAGCCAGAAUCGACUGCAGUCCCUCCCCGCUCACUUCUGCCUGCUCAAAGAACUAGUGCACCUCAAGCUGGAUGACAAUGAGCUUGUCCGCUUGCCGUUCCACAUCGGCCGACUCUCAAAGUUGAGGUUCCUGUCGGCGGCGCAUAACCAGCUAGCUGUGUUGCCCAGUGACUUCCGGAAGCUGAGUCUGGAGAACCUGGACCUGUUUGGGAAUCCUUUUAACCCAUUUAACCACACAAUGAAAAUUGCAAUACCCCUUCCACUUCAAGAAAUGGCUUCCAGAGCUGUGGCCAACCUCAGGUUACCAUACGGACCUCACCUCAUCCCUGCCCACUUGUGUCGGGACCUCGAAGUAGCUAAGACCUGCGACUGCGGCCGUGUAUGCAUCAAUUUCUACAUCGAGACGGCGGUCAGCAUGAACCUGCACCAAGUCUCUCACACAGUGGUCCUGGUGGACGACAUGGGUGGCACAGACGCUCCCGUGCAUCAGCACUUCUGCUCCCUCUUCUGCUACUCUAAGUUUUUAGACAACUCCCUCCAGAGAGGAAUCCGAUGAGGCAGAACAAACUCUUCUGUUUGACAGGAAACACACUAACACCUGGAUAUGGCUGUGGAUUUUGAAAUAGGUCGCUAGCUAUGAGAGACUGUCGGAGGCUACAGUUUUCUAGUCAUGCCUAUAAAUGAAAGGACAAUAUUGACUCUGUUGAACUUUGGUAUUAAAAGUACUUCAAGCGACCUCUUUGACACUUUCACUGUCACACAUCUUCUUUCCUGUUCUUCCUGCCUCUUAA